GUUUUGUACAUAGUUUGUGUGGGAACAACUGGUGACCCUUUGAUGACAUGUCCAGUCUUCAGAGACCUUCCCAACCCACGCAGACUGUCUCUCUCACUCUGGAGCAGGUCAAAGAGGCCCUGGGGGAGGUUCUUGAUGCUCUCCAGUCUCCUGCAGGGAGUACACGGCUAGACGAGGCACGAGAGAACUGUGGUAAUGACCUGGGCAAGGUAUUGCAACUGCUGCUUCCCACAGCUGUACAGAUCCAGCAAGAAGUGCUUCAGACAUACGGAUUCAGCCCUGAUGGGGAGGGAGUUCUCAGAUUUGCACGACUAGUGAAGUCCUUUGAGUCACAGGACCCAGAGAUCGCUGCCAUGUCUAGCAAACUCAAAUCCUUCUUUCUGCCCCCCCUCCCUCUCCCCCCACAUGGUGGGCUCCCGGCUCCCUCUUCUUAAUGUCACGCUGCAAACCACCUCUGUCAUCUAAUUUCCCAGGCCUAAACCUCCUGCUAUGUACCCCAUUAUUGUGCUAUGACUCCCCAUCUUGUGCAUCUAAACCUUACUAU